UAUUCUUAAAGGUUUAAUUAUACAACCCAAUUGAAUACUUUUUAAUAAUUACAUAUCUCAAAAUUAUAUUUAAGCGUGAACCAUGAAUGUGGGAUCUAUUUUGAAUAAUGAUUCCCCACCUGGUGAUGGGGAGUCUGUAGAUGUGCCUCAACGUCCACAAGCUUCACCUAGUCAACAAAGACAUUCAUUAGUGAAUUUAUUGAAUGACCCAGCCCCAUCGGGUCCAACGAAAUCUUCUGAUGUAGAAUCCAAUUCCAACGAGGUGAAAUCUCCUGUGAGCACUUCAGAUGGGAACUCUGCUGAUUAUAAGGUACCUAAACAGGUGACAUCAUCACCAGUGACCGUUUCUCGAAUGGCACCACUUAUGAAGCGUAAUUCAAUUGCCAAUAUCACCAAUGACCGUGAUGUCGAUAUUAAUACUGGCCAAGAGACUCUCAAUGUAAGCAGGCAAUCCAGUAUAAGCGAACCGCAUCCAACAUCGGCACUGGAAGACCUGUCCCUGAUAUCCGUGCAUGAAGAAAAUGGGAUUAUCCAUGGAAAGAAGGGUUCAUUAAAGCCAAAGAGAUAUGAAACACCUCCAAUUUGGGCACAAUUGUGGCGACCUCGUGCAGAACAACACACAUAUGGAUACGAAGAGAGAAAUAUCUCAUCUGGUAGUAUGAAUAAUGCUUCCGCUAUACCUACAUCUCAACUUUCAAACAAAUCUGUAUUCAACAAUUCACAUACAGAAAGUGUAGAUCUUGAAUGUUCUAUUACAGGAGUAAUACCACCCCCAUCAGUAACACGUACCAUUGCUGAGUGGAUAUAUGCAAACUUUACUGAAAUUCCGGAUGAUAGAAGGAAAUAUGUUGAACUUGAAUUAAAAUUUGGUACUAUCAUAGAUAAACGAGCCAGUCAUAGGAUCGAUUUGAAUGUACUGACUGAAUGUAUUUUCACCGAUACAUCAAAUACAUAUUUUGAUGUGGGGGUCCAUGAAGUUGGAUGGAAUGAUAUGUGUAAAUUUCUAGAUGAUUUAGAGAAAUCAUAUCAAGAAGAUUUACGUAAAAAUCCUCAACUUGCAAGAGAAAAACCAAAGAGAAAGUUUAAUAAUUUAGAAAGUGAUAUCACUGAUACUUUUUAUCAAAUUAUCCAAAGAAAUGAACAACCAAAGACUAUCCGUAUAUCAAAGGAUAAUCAACUCAAACCUCCAAGAUACACUGCCAUUAACAAACAAAGAAUAUCUGACUUGUUUAUCCAUAAUCCUUCUUCAAUGUAUGACUUGAGAUUAUCCCUUUCAUCAGAAAAUCCAAUACCUGAUAGUGAUAUUGAACUGAUUUUAAAGAAGCAACCACCUACACUUACCAGAGUGAAAAAGAGAAACUCUUGGUCUCAUAAACCAACAGUAACACGAUUUGACAUGACUCGAGUUCUUGUUCCACGAGAACUGAAAAAUAAAAGUGGGAAAAAGAUUAUUGAACAAGAUCAAAGUUAUGAAGUUGAGCUUGAAGUUGAUACUUUCGAGCUUUUCAAUGGGUUUGAUAUGUUUAAAUCUGGACUGGAUUCCAUAAGAUUUGAAGAAUUGGUUGAGAUAUUUGUUAACAAUGCCAGAUGUCUUAAUAAUAGAGUUACUAAACUUGCUAGUAAGUAAAUAUCUGAAGAAAAUUAUAGAAAGAUAACAUCCAAAAUGUAUAUUAGAUAGUGGUAUUUUUAAAGAG